GGCUCGAGCGGCCAGGAGGCCACGAGGCUCGCUCGCUCCGGCUAUCCGGCCAUGGCGCCCAAGGCGAAGACGGCCGCCAAAGCGGCGCCGCGAGAGGCCCCUCGAGCCGCGGCGGCGGGCAGCGGCGCAGAUGCCGCCCGGAGCCUUCGAACUGCCAAAGUGUGCCUGGAGAUCGAGGGCAUGGACUGGGCCACAAAGCUGGGCGUUCCCAAGUCCUACGAGUCCCUCGGCGCAGAGAUUGCCGGGGAGCACCGGCGCGCCAUCACGCUGGCCCAGAUCCAGGAGCUGGCCAGCUACGUUGAGGAGUUGGCGGCGCUCCAAGUGUUCGAUUGGGAGGAGGUGAAUUUGUACACGAUUUGCAAGGCCUUGGUAAAGCCUUUGACGCUGCGCUUCCGGUGCUCCUUCGUGGAAUUGGUGGCCGCUGGGCCCCAGGAGCCCCUGUGGUUUGUCAGCCACUGGUGGGGCACGCCCUUCCGGCAGACUGCCUCGCUGAUCGCCUUCCAUGCCUUGGAGCGGGAGCUCUCGCCAGCCGCGGCAUAUUGGAUCUGCACCUUCGCCAACAACCAGCACGACCUGUCGAGCCUCUCCGGCGGCCUCCGCUCGACGCCCUUCGUGCAGGCCAUUUUGAGCGAGGGAUGCGUCGGCACGCUGGCGCUUCUGGACUCUCAGGUCACCACCUUUGAUCGGGUGUGGUGCGUGCUGGAGAACUUCGUGAGCACCGAGUGGGCGCGCGAGGCGAAGAGCCACCGCUACGACAUCGCCGCGUGGCUGCCUGCGAACAUCGCUCUGCACGGUGGGCAGCCGGUGCCUGAGAAGCCCACGCUCCGCCUCGACCUGGGCGACCAGGUGCGGGAGGCAGUGGAGGAGGAGAGCACUGGGGGAGCCUUCCCGCUGCUGGUGGCGGUCAAGGGCGUGGAGGUGGACAUCCGCAAGGCCAAGUCCUCCCGCCCAGAGGACAAGCAGAAGAUCUUGCACCUUAUCGCCGGCACCCCGGAGGAGGCGUGGUCUGAAGCCCCGCCAGAGACAUGCGAGGCCUUCGACUCGAUGAAUGCCCGGGUGCGGCGGAUGUUCGCAGCGGGGGCGCUGUACCGGGCGGCGUUGCAGGACGACCAGAAGGAGUUGAAGCUGCUGCUUGACGGGUUUCCGGAUGCCCUGAACGAGAGCAUCAGCGAUGGUGCCAGCGCCGCCUACGCGGCCGCCAUGAAGAACCACGUGGAGGCGUUGCAGCUGCUGGUGGCGGCGAGGGCAGACGUGGACCACACCAAGCGGGACGGCGCCAGCGCCACGUUCAUCGCUGCCCAGUUUGGCAGCGGCGAGGCGCUGCAGCUGCUGCUGGCCAGCCGGGCGAACCCGAGCGUGGCACGGGAGGACGGCACAUCCCCGCUGUUUAUGGCGGUGCAGAACACGGACGACAGCGACAAAAGCGGCAAAGGCGACAGGCCGAUCCUGCAGCUGUUGGAGGCACGGGCGGAAGUGGAUGCACUCACCGGCAAGGGCGUGAGCGCCUUGCACCUGGCGCUACAAAAGAAGCACAAAGGCUGUGUGCAGCUGCUGCUGGACGCGAAGGCGGACCCCAACCUCCCCACUGCAGACGGCCAUGCGCCGCUGGACUUGGCGACCCCUGCGCUGGCCAAGCUCCUCAAGGACGCCGGGGCGGAGGAGCGCAAGCCGGAGCCCAAGGCCAAAGCCAAAGGCAAGGCCAAAGCCAAGGCAAGUUUCACCUCAGCCGCGGCCAGCCUUAGGGGCCAGAUAGAUGUGUUAGGAUCUUAUGGCGACUUGUGACCCAGAUUGCCUUGAAGAGGCGGGUAGCAUGCUGCCUUCGCACACGUUCAAUUGUAUCGCAUACAGUGCCCAGUCAUGGUGUCAUUGUUGCAAGCAUCGUUCCACCAUUGCCGUUCUUGGUGUCUCAAUGACGCGCGUUUUGGGCACUGCCUGUGCACCAGC